GUACGAAUCUCUCACCAUUUAAAUUGAGCUUAGUUUCCUGACCUGUAUAUAAGACCGUGGUUUAUUAUCACAUUGACAUGUUUAUACAUCAACAUUAGGUAAUUGUCAUUUUUAAUUUAUUUAUCAAAAAAUUUUGUAUAGGUAGUCACAAAAAUGCCUUUUUACCAAAAACCAAAAACAUUUACACCCUUAUCAAUAGCAGCUGGAAAAAAAGCUGUCAAAAGCGGUGUUCACCACGCUAUUUUUACAUCACGUUUUGAUAAAUAUGUAGGCGAGUGGAAAAAAGAUUUAAAAGAAGGUAAAGGGUUAUUUCUAACACAUACUGGAAAAUUAUACGAAGGAGAUUGGUACGGAGGAUUUCGGCAUGGUUUUGGCACUCUCAGUAACAGGAAGUCUAAUGGUACAUUUAGUCUAGAAUAUAGAGGUUAUUGGGUAAAAGGUAAACCAGAAGGCGUUGGUUGGAGAUACUAUGAAAACGAUGAUGUUUAUUUUGGAUAUUGGAAACAAGAUAGACGACAUGGUUACGGCAAAAUGUGGUACAAAGAUGGUACAUUCUACGUUGGGUAUUGGAAAAUGAAUAAGAAAGAUGGACUUGGUAUGUUAGUUCAAGUAAACGGUAACCGUUACGAGGGUCAUUGGGCAGACGACCUUAGGGAUGGUUUGGGUCGCUUUUAUCACUUACAUACCGGCCAGCUGCAAGAGGGAUGCUGGAAGAGCGGAAUCUGUAUCCAGUCGACGAUGUCCGACAUCAUUAUACGACAAUUUUGUCAUUUACCCACAGAGUAUCCUAUUCCACCGGAGAUGCUUCGAGAUUCACGUAAAAUUCUCGAAGAUAGUGAAUUAUGGCUGAACCAAAAAAUAGGCGAAGUAGACAAAAAAUUAAAAAAGUGCAUUGAUAAAAUGUAAUAUUUAUUGUUAUAUAUAAUCAGAUCAAAU